AUGCCAUCCGGCUUCGCUCGACGCGCCCCCAUGCUCGCGAUUCUGCUCGCCGCAACGACCUUCGUGGGCGGCUGCGCCUCGGACGGGUCGUCCGCGUCGGCGGGGUCUUCCUCGUCCUCCGCGUCCGACGCGCCGGACAACCGCCCGGCGCACCGCCGCCUCGGCUUCCGCCUGGAGUGGAAAUCCACCCCGGUGACCGCCCGCCGGGCGAAGAUCGCGGACGUCGCGGUCUACGACGACGUGCUCGCCGUCCGCGACUCCGUGAACACGAUGAGCGUCCUGGAGAUCUCCACCGGCGUGAACCGAUGGGCGGGCGAGGUCGCGCGUCCGCUGGACGUCGUCCACGGCAUCGCCCGCACGGACGGCGGCGAGAUCGCGGUCUCGACGGACAUCGAGCUGCACCUCUACGACGCCAAGACCGGCACGCUCACCCAGCGCCAGGAAUUCGACUUCCUGACCUCCACCGCGCCGGUGAUCAUCGGCCGGUACGUCGUCCUGGGCGGCGAGAACGGGCAGCUGCUCAUCCAUAACAUGGAUUCGGGCUACCGCCAGCACGCCUACGACUUCGGCGGGCGGUUCGACGUCCCGCCGAUCGCCAUCGGUCACUUCGUCGGCGCCGUGUCGCGCAACGGCAACGUGUACGUCAUCGACCCGCACCGAGGCAGCUCCAUCGCCCGAACCCGCGUCUACGCGGGCGUGAGCGCGACCCCCGACGCGAGCGAGGACGCGCUGUUCGUCGCCUCGCUCGACCAGUCGCUCUGGGCGUUCGAGACCGAUUCCGGCGACACGCGCUGGCGCCUCCGGACCGAGGGCAAGCUGACCUCCUCGCCCGUGCACCACGACGGCGUGGUGUACUGCGUGAUCCCGAAACGCGGGCUCUCGGCCAUCGACGCCUAUUCGGGCGACGUCAUCUGGGAGAACGCCGACGUGCAGGCCCCGCCCGUCGUGAAACGCGGCGACCGCCUGAUCGUCUGGGACGGCGCGAUGGCCCACGCCGUCCAGGCCGUGAGCGGCGACAUCAUGGACUCCGUCGCGAUGCCGGGCGUGAGCUCGAUGCACACCAACAAGUUCAACGAGGGCGACCUCUACACCGUCUCGGUGCGCGACACCGAGAUCCGCCGCCACCGCCCGAUCAACUGA